AUGGCAUCUUACAAAGUGUGUUUAAUAGUUCUGCUCCUUCAGACAUUUUGUAUAGGCACUGUAGUCUGUGGCAGGGUGCUGAUCUGGCCUGCAGAUGCCAGCCACUGGAUUAAUAUAAAGAUAGUACUGGAGGAACUGGUGAACAGAGGGCACAGUAUUACUGUUUUAGUACAUUCUGCAUCAGGUCAAAUAGAUCCCAACAUGCCCUCCCACUUCAAAUUUGAGGUGUUCAAAGUGCCCUUCAGUAGUGACAACUUGGAAGCAACAGGGAAUAAGUUGUUCAAUUUCUGGAUGUACGAAUCUCAGCAACUAUCCUACUGGCAACUAUUCUGGAAAUUUCUAGAUAUUGCAAAUGAGGCUCAGCUUCGCCAAAAACAGAUAUGUGAUGGAAUAUUGGGUAACAAGAACUUAUUAGAAAAGCUACAAGAAACCAGAUAUGAUGUUCUUCUAGCUGACCCGGUGUAUUUCUGUAGUGAACUGGUAGCAGCAAAGCUUACUAUUCCUUUCAUAUAUACCUUGCGACUAUCAGUGGCUAACACUUUAGAGCGGCUCUGUGGACAGUUACCCGCACCACCAUCCUUUGUGCCAGCUUCUAUGACAAUUUUCACUGAUAGAAUGACCUUUACUGAGAGGAUGCAAAAUUUCCUGGUUUACUUGGUGCAGGAUAUCAUGUUCAUCAGCAUUUCAGGAUAUCAGUGGAGUUCUAUUUACUCUAAGCAUACAGAUGCCAGCCACUGGAUUAAUAUAAAGAUAGUACUGGAGGAACUGGUGAACAGAGGGCACAGUAUUACUGUUUUAGUACAUUCUGCAUCAGUUCAAAUAGAUCCCAACAUGCCCUCCCACUUCAAAUUUGAGGUGUUCAAAGUGCCCUUCAGUAGUGACAAUUUGGAAGCAACAGGGAAUAAGUUGUUUAAUUUCUGGAUGUACGAAUCUCAGCAACUAUCCUACUGGCAACUAUUCUGGAAAUUUCUAGAUAUUGCAAAUGAGGCCCAGCUUCGCCAAAAACAGAUAUGUGAUGGAAUAUUGGGUAACAAGAACUUAUUAGAAAAGCUACAAGAAACCAGAUUUGAUGUUCUUCUGGCUGACCCGGUGUAUUUCUGUAGCGAACUGGUAGCAGCAAAACUUACUAUUCCUUUCAUAUAUACCUUGCGACUAUCAAUGGCUAACACUUUAGAGCGACUCUGUGGACAGUUACCCGCACCACCGUCCUUUGUGCCAGCUUCUAUGACAAUUUUCACUGAUAGAAUGACCUUUACUGAGAGGAUGCGAAAUUUCUUGCUUUACUUAGUGCAGGAUAUCAUGUUCAUCAGCAUUUCAGGAUAUCAGUGGAGUUCUAUUUACUCUAAGCAUACAGGAAGACCAACAACCCUGUGCGAAACAAUGGGGAAAGCUGAAAUGUGGCUGAUUCGUACAUAUUGGGAUUUUGAGUUUCCUCGGCCAUAUCUGCCUAAUUUUGAGUUUGUGGGAGGCCUUCACUGUCAGCCUGCCAAACCACUUCCUGAGGAUCUGGAAGAAUUUGUGCAGAGUUCUGGAGAUGAUGGAAUUGUCGUGUUUUCACUUGGCUCAAUGAUCAAAAACCUGACUAAAGAAAAAGCAAAUAUAAUUGCAUCAGCAUUGGCUCAAAUUCCUCAAAAGGUUCUUUGGCGCUAUAGUGGCGAAUCACCAGAGACACUAGGACCAAAUACUAAACUUUUGAACUGGUUGCCACAGAAUGAUCUUCUCGGCCAUCCAAAGACUAAAUUGUUUAUUACUCAUGGAGGAACAAAUGGAAUCUAUGAAGCUAUAUAUCAUGGAGUACCAAUGGUCGGAAUUCCCUUGUUUGCUGAUCAGCCUGAUAAUAUGGUCCACAUGAAGACAAAAGGAGCUGCAGAAGUGGUGGAUUUCACACACAUGAAAACACAAGAUUUACUGGAAGCUGUAAAUAAAGUUAUCGGUGACUCUAAAUACAAAAGAAGUGCUAUGAAGUUAUCCCAGAUCCACCAUGACCAGCCAGUAAAGCCACUUCACCGAGCAGUGUUCUGGAUUGAAUUUGUGAUGAGGCACAAAGGAGCCAAACAUCUGAGACCUGCAUCACAUGACCUCACUUGGUACCAAUAUCAUUGCUUGGACGUUAUAGCAUUUCUUCUGUUCUGUAUAGCAACUUCAUUUUUUAUCACAGUCAAAUGCUGCACGUUUUGCUUCAGAAGGUCUGUAAGGCUUCUAAGAAGAAAGAACAAGAGAGAAUAAUAGAUCAGGCUAUUUGUCCAAGAAUGAUACAUGUUUGCUGUGCACCAUCUGCAGCAUAAAUUCACUAAGAAUCUGACGUUAAAAACAAGACAAAUGAAAAAGCCUGAAAUGCAAAGUGAUUCUAUUCCCCUGAAUGUAGAACAAAAGUCACAAUGAGUAAGUAAUCAGUACAGAGAUCAGAUACUCAAAAAGUCAACUAAAAUCACAGUGAAGCAAUAUUAGAUACAGCAUUAGAAUGGAAAUGAAAUAUAUGACCCACUGAUAAUGACCCAGGGAUUCUGAAAUAUCUGAGUAGCUGGGUUUGGGGACCUUAAAGUGAUAGAAUCAUUUUGGACAAGCUUCCUUUCCCAGGAAUUGCAGACCCUUUCAACAGGCAACAUCUGACAUAACAAAUCAGAUCAGCCAUUACAUAUUAAGUGAUAGAAUGAACAUAAGAAUUCAAUACUAUAUUGUAAAAAAACUUUUCAAGUUUCAUGCACAUAAUUCUUUAACACUCUCUAUACACUCAAAACUCAGCUUUCUGUAUACUGCCAUUUAAAGUAUAUCAGAAGUACAGUCUACUAUGUCGCACUGACAUAUUUUCAAGCUAUGAUGUCAUGUUCUCCAGACUGUUUCACUAACAGAUGUGAUGUGUACUAUAUAGAAAGCUCAGAAAAUGCAGACUAACUCAGACCAUAACAAAGUAUAAGAGAUGGUUAAAUUCUCUGAUACAUUAUACUGGAAGUUUACUGUGCAAUAUAAACAGGACCCUGUGCUGUCUCUUUUCCCACUGAUGACCUCACUACUUACCUUACACUAUCCCUGAAGUUAAAUGUGAAGACGUUGCAUUGCAGGUAAACAAGAUGCAUGCUUUGGAAGUUAUUGAAAAAGUCAUGCAAUGAUGUGUUGCCACAUAUGCCAUAUGCUAGUGUCUGCUUCUACAAUGACUUCACUCAGUUCAGCUCUAUAUACCUGUUGGACACCUACCUACCCCAUGCCAUGGGUAGAUGAACUUACUGAGGCCCUAGAACUUGCCAGGUAGCUCAUAAGUUGAGACCUUACAGAGAGAUACUGAGAGGUGCCUGUUAGAAAGAGGACAAGAGGGAAGGUAGCCUUUUCCAUUCUGUAUAGACUCUACUAAUUUACAGUCCUUCUGUUUGGGUUGUAUGGGUCCUCUACAGGAUUCCACUGGUUGAUGAACAAGUUCACUGUUGUUAUGCAGCUGCAGACAGAGUGUGUUCCAUCUCUAGUCUGGAGUGGGUAUCCCAUCUGCUGAAAAUUUAAGUGGCACUUGUCUCCCUUAUGGAAACAGUGCUGAUGGCCAGUCUAGCCACAUUUACCAGUGGCCUAGAAGAGGCCUAUACUAAGGGUAAACAGUCGACAAGAGAAUGGUAGACGAAGGCACCAGCCAUUGUGACCAAGACCUAGGUGUAGGCCUUCCUGGGCUUGAAAUGAACAGUUAUUACUGCUGGUUUAUUCCACAUUUUAUCACCCUGGGUGUCUCUGUCAUGGCCUAGACUAGAGUCUAAUGUCAUAACCAUAUGAAGCAGCCAGGGUAUUUUCUCACAUGAAAGUGGCCCUUGUACACACUCAUGUAAGGCCACAUUAAAUUUCUGACAAGAAUUCAUUGCACAUUUGGAUUUCUUACCUGUAAGUUUGGAAACCAUACUAUCUCAAAUGGUUGAAGAUGAGGAACAUCCAGUGAUGCAUCUCAUUCCAACGUUUAUGUGACUCAGAGAGUGGUGAUACUCUGUUACUGAAUAAGAAUGUUUUGCCAUGAUGUGGGCCUUUGAUUACACAUACUACUUGUUCCUUUUCCAGACCUUCUGACUCAUCUGCAGUAUUUCAGAAGCAGCAGGACAGAACUCUGCAGAUUAUCUAAUAAUGUUCGACUUUCCAGUCCUUAAUAUAAAAAGAGGUGCAGCUGCAGUUAUAUGCCACCACUACGCUUAAAAAACAAAAAGUAGCACAGCUAAUAGAGACAGAGUCAUGUAUGUUAACUUGACUGAAAUCCAAGCUUUCUUGUAGAGCAUUUCAUCAGGAAUGCUGUUUCAUUAAGAAUGAAACAGCAAUCAAUGCUCCACUUAAAGAAAUCCCAAUCCCUCCGAGCUACAUGCUCUAGGGACCUAAAC